GUAAAAACCAACAUAUCGAUGACCGGUCGAGUCUGCGGCCUUUAGAAAUGAAACCAGGCUCGGUUGUGCUUUGUAGUACGUAUCGUACUGACCUCGCGGGAACCGGCGAAUGUGAUGGACUCCAUAGUGACGAGUCGUAGUAAUCCUUCUAAUUAGAACCUUGACAUUGUAUUUCUAGUAUUAUUGAUGGCUUCGCGACUACGCGCUCUAACCCAGCGCACGCUUACUCUCCUUACUCUAUCUACCGCAACAGCAGCAGGCGCUAGCUACCUCUACCUCAAUUCUGGACCUGCCUACCCACAAACAACACACGAGUCUCGACGUCCACCACCAUCAUGGUCUCCUCCUCCCCGUGCAGCUAUGAUCGAUGCCUUAAAACGCAGUGCCGAUCCAAAGCGGGGCGAAGACGAUGACACCCAGUUUGAUAUAUUGAUCGUAGGAGGAGGCGCAACCGGUGCUGGUGUCGCUGUCGAUGCUGCAAGUCGCGGCUUACGAGUUGCCUUGGUCGAGAGAGAAGAUUACGCUAGUGGUACGUCCUCCAAGUCAACCAAACUUGUCCAUGGCGGCGUGCGCUACCUUCAGAAAGCGAUAUUCGAGCUUGACUACGAGCAAUACAAGCUCGUUUGCGAGGCUCUGCGCGAAAGGAGGAUCUUCCUACAGACUGCCCCUUAUUUGAGUCAUAUGCUUCCUAUCAUGCUUCCCAUUUAUAAGUACUGGCAGGUUCCGUACUACUGGUCCGGAUGCAAGCUCUAUGACCUUCUUGCUGGCAAGGAAAACAUGGAAUCUUCGUACCUUAUGUCCAAGGGCAAGGCCCUCGAACAGUUCCCCAUGCUCAAGAGCGACGGGCUCGUCGGUGCCGUAGUGUACUACGAUGGUCAACACAACGACUCCCGCAUGAACCUCGCCCUCAUCCUUACAGCUAUUAAACUAGGUGCAACCGCCGCCAACUACUGCGGCGUUACCUCCCUCCACAAAGACCCUACCACAGGCCUCAUCACAGGCGCACGCGUCAAAGACUACAUCGCUGGAGGCGAAUUUGACGUCAAAGCCAAGGUAAUCAUCAACGCCACAGGUCCAUACAGUGACUCCCUCCUCUCCCUCUCCACUCCUACACACAAACCCAUCGUGCGCGCAAGCUCGGGCGUACACAUCGCCCUUCCUUCCUACUACGCCCCUAAAGGCAUGGGUCUACUAGACCCCGCAACAAGUGACGGCCGCGUAGUCUUCUUCCUCCCAUGGGAAGGCGGCGUCGUAGCGGGUACCACCGAUGAGCCCUACGAUAUGCGCGCGCAUAUCAAGUCCGAAGGAGAAAAAGAUGCGUAUCUAAGCGGUGACGACAUUCUCCCCCGGGAGUCUGAAAUCCAGUGGGUCAUAGAUGAGGUGCGUGGGUAUCUGAGUGGGGACAUCAAAGUGCGCCGUGGGGAUGUGCUUUCAGCGUGGUCGGGAUUGCGCCCGCUUAUUUCAUCUGGCGCGGUGGGCAGUACGGAGGGGUUGGUGAGAAGUCAUGUAGUCAAGGUUGAUGAGGGUGGAAUGGUAACCAUCGCAGGUGGGAAGUGGACUACCUAUCGUGCGAUGGCGGAAGAGGCGGUCGAUGAGGCGAUUGAAGUACGUCCCGAGCUGAGGGCAAAAGCUCGGAAGUGUCAGACCCAGGAACUCAAACUUGUAGGAAUCGAAGGGUGGGAUCGCAACAUGUUCAUUGGUCUGAUUCAGCGCUACGGCCUCCACCCAGAAGUCGCACAACACCUCUCCUCAUCCUACGGUUCACAAGCAUGGACGCUUCUCGCGUCAACGACCCAGACGGCCGCUUUGGACCCACACCGCCCUCUCUCCGCCCCGUAUCCUUUCACACACUCCGAAAUCACAUACGCGCUCACGCAUGAAUACGCACAGAAACCACUCGAUGUGCUCCUGCGGCGCACACGCCUAGGUUUUGUCGACGCACGUGCAGCGCUGAGUGCACUACCAGAUGUUGUACGGGUCAUGGGCGAUACCCUGGGGUGGGAUACGAGACGAAGGGAUGAUGAAGCGAGGAGAGCAGAGGAGGUGCUGCGCGGGAUGGGUGCGGGCGGACAGGUCGAAGUGGGUACACCUUCAUCGGUAGAAGGUUGGUCACGCAUAGGAGAGGUACAGCGGAGUGUGUGUGCACUGUUCGGAUUUUGUUCUCCGCUUUUACGCCCAUUUUCGGGUGCGGCAACGUAUCCGCGUGCGUUGUUUCAGCAGGGGGAGAUUGAGGCGAUGCGGGAGGUGUUUGGGCAGUAUGCACACAUGUCUGGCGACUCUGGCACCGAUUCUGAGCCUGGUUUACGUUUGGGAGCACAGGAGCAGAUGAAGAUGCCUGUAUCGAUGAUACGAGAAGCUGUGCGGUCUGUUGCGGGGCUUGGGUAUGCUUAUGAUGGUGUGCGGGAGUCGGACUUCCGAUAUGUUCUAAGGGAGGCAGGGCUUUCUGAUUCGCCUGAGGGAAAGGGGAGGAGAGACGUAGAUUUUGAGGAGUUUGUCGAGAUCUGUGGAGACUUGAAAGACGUGUCGAUCGCACCUGCUGUGAGCAAGAAGAGUGUGCAGAGAAGGAGGAUACCUGUUGAGAAAAGUGGUGGAGGUAUUUGAGGUUUAGUGUUGACACAUUUACUAUCAUGAUGUUUUUCCAGCUUUAAACGUUAAACAGUUGUCGGUUCGAGGUUUUGCACAAUUAGAGUUUUCUGUUACAAAUA